UCUCCCUUUCUCUGCUCUGCGCCGCCUCGCCUCUCUCUCGCCACGCAAAUCUGGAUCGACGGCGACGAGCGACGCCGCGCUUCCUCGCCAACUCGGCACCGACGGCGACGGGCGGCGCGACCGUUCCUCACCACACCGGAUGUAGACGGACGCGCCUCCCCUGGUUUCUCGUGGAACGUGACGAGCCGGAGCAGACGCCUAUCGUCGCAACAAUGGACAAGCAAAAGGGGAAGGCGAGUGGGAAGGAGAAGGAGAAAGAGAGGACGUUGGACUCCAUUAUGAAGAGAAAGUUGCCGGUCUCGGGGAUGCAGAAGGGGAAUGAGAAGGGCAAUGCAGCAGCUACUACACGGCUGCCGAGGAAGCUGACAAAUGAUUCCAGCAAUGUCCCAAUCGCUGAGUUGUUGUAUAGGGUAAAAAAGAAACCUCCGCCUCGACGUCUCCCUGACCCCACCGGCGCUGGCGUGCGUGCCGGAAUCGCCGUUGCCUCCGGCUCCGCAAACUACUAUGAGAGGGAGGCUACAUCUUCGCAGGCAAUGGAGCAUGAUAAGCAAGCGGAGGAGGAUCAUGAAGAGGUGGAAGAGGAUGAGGAGGAGGACGAGGAAGAGAAAGAUACUUUGUUUGAGGUGCCGCCUGGGGUUGGUGACAAAUCAGAUUCAGAUGGGUUUGUGGAUAGUGAAGAAGAAGCCUUCGAAGGUGAUGACAUUCCGAGGAUGGUCUAGGCAUUGGUCCUACGCCUCAAGUGCAAGAAACCGCACUUCUUAGUUCGGGUGAGGAUGAAGCAAGAAAAGUGCAAUGAAAGAGUGCCAAGAAGCGAAGAGGUCAAGCUCCUUCAAGGUCGAGGUCGGCGGUUUGGACCUUCUUUAAUAAGGUAAAGGUGCCAUCGAAAGAAGGUUUGAUGGAGUUGAAGGCACAAUGUAAUUAUUGUGACAAUCAAUAUGCAUAUGUCCAAGGUGGAAGCACCUCAUCCAUGGGAAGACAUAUGGACACAUGCAAGAAUUACAAGGACAAGGUUAAUAGGGAUCUCAUCCAAGCUACUCUAUUUUUUAGAAAAACCAAUGCAACAACAAGUGGUCCAGCAGUCCGGUGCAUUGAGUAUGAUAAGGACCUCAUCAAGGAGGUCAUGGCAAAGAUGAUUUGUUACAUUGGAUGUUAGCUUGUCAACUUGUCAUCCUAUGCUUGAACUUAGAUAUGUCUACUUGUGUGGUUUUAGAUGACUACAGGAGUUCUUUGAAACCAGAAAUGGUGGAAGCCUUGGUGUGCGGUGCUAGUUAUAUCAAAGGUUCUCACAAGGACUUCAAUGUGGUGGAGAGGGAUGAAGAUGAGGAGGACAAUGUUGAGAAUAUCAAGUUGCCCAAGAUUGUUGAUGUGGGGGGUGACAACAAUUGAUAUUCGCCAUGUGGGUGUUGUUCUUGCUAUUUUGAAGAUGGAUGUCUACAUGAUCUUCUCAUGUGGAUUGUUGAGGUCAACGUGAUCAUCUCGUGCCAUUUCUUUUGUUGUGAUGAACUUCGAAUUAUGUGUGCUGUUGUGGUGAACUAUGGACCUUGAAUGAUGUUGUGAUGAACCAUGCACUUUCAACAAUGUUGUUGUGAACUUGUGAUGAACUAUGAACUUUGUAUUAUGUGGUUUUCACUAGUCAUUGUUUGGCUGUCAACAUUUUCUCA